AUGACUACAACACAAACAUCGACAGCCCUUGUGGCUCUACACUUGGCGACGCCUCUAGCGACGAUCUUCUACUUCAUCGCUGCCAAGAUAACUGCAUCGUGUCUACUUCAGCAACCGUCAAAACAUUCUGGAACGAGAUUGCGAAGAUAUCCAGCGAUCACGUUGGCUUUUGGCGUGACUGGAACCGUUGUUGCUGAGGGCAUCACGACCAUAACGCAAGCAUUCCAAAAACCAGAAUUCUCAUCGACGCCGGAUUACAGUGCCUAUUUGUUGCUACUGUUGACCGCCCACAGUGGUCUCAGCUUGGGACUCCUCGAGAACAAGAAUCCAAUAUGGCACCAAUAUCUUGGCGCGUGGUUCGUUGCCCUGGCCCUCGAAAUUCCUAUCAUUGCAUUGCAAGGAUUGACAAUACCGACGAACGAAUACGCGGAAGGUCGAAUGAUACUGUGCGUUCUCAGGGCACUUUGUCUUCUCGUGCUCUGCCUCUUCACAGGCUUCUCCAUGCUGGGCGAUCGCCGUCGGAGUGUCACAUUGGAUGACGAGAGUGAGGCACUGUUAGCAGCAGACACGAGCGAAGGCGGCAAUGUCAACGGAGCAAAUGGACAACCAAACGGCCAUGCAUCGAAGCCCGCUCGAUCACCAAACGACAGCCUCUUCUCCAACGAGGAGGACUCAGACGAUGAUGACUACGACUGGGGAUACGAUUCAGAUACGGAGGAUCCUGAGGGAGACAAGGAGCUCAGGGCACAGCAGAAGAAGCGGUUGCAGCAGUCUGGCAGCUGGAUCAGCUAUUUGUCUGAAUACGGUAUCUUCAUUCGGAUGGUGCUGCCGCGGAAAGAACGUCGAGUACAGGCAUGCAUCGCCCUUGUGGGACUCUGCAUUGUCGCAGAGCGUAUCCUCAACAUCCUUGUGCCCAGGCAGCUAGGUAUACUGGUCGAGGACCUCACAAACUUCGCUGGCACUGGAAUGGUCCCGUGGUCUUCUCUCGGAUUCUGGAUUCUGUAUGCAGCUCUUGGCUCCCAUGCUGGUGUACGUCUCAUCAGGGAGAUAGCACAGCUACCCGUGCAGCAAUACGGGUACAAAGCCAUCGCGACGAUCUCGUUCCAGCAUGUCAUGACUUUGUCCAUGGACUUCCACAACGAAAAGAACUCUGGCGAACUGAUGCGAGCCAUCGAGCAAGGCACUAAUCUUCAGGACCUUGUCAACUUCAUGUUCUUUGACGUUCUUCCAAUGUUUUUCGAUCUUAUUGCUGCGUUCGUAUACGUCUCGAUACUCUUCGACAUUUACAUGGCCAUGAUCUUGUUGGCGGUGGGAAUCGCAUACAUCUGGAUCGGAGCCAAGGUCACGAGCUUGAGCAUCAAGCAGCGCCGGAACUUCAACACCACUAUGCGCGAGGAGUCCAAAGUCCAGAACGAGGCCAUCAACAAUUGGCAGACAGUAUCUCACUUCAAUCGAGGCAAGUACGAAUCGGCGAGGUACAGCAAUGCUGUCGACGCUUUCAACUUCGCUGAAUGGAAGUACUAUCUUGCCUUUGACCUUGGUGGUGGAGCACAGAACGCGGUUAUGUUUCUUGGAAGGGUGGCUGCCACAGUCCUGGCGGUUUACCAAGUAUCCCAAGGCACUGUCGGCGUCAGGAACUUCGUCACGCUGGUCUCGUAUCUGGACUCCAUUGAGGAGCCGUUCAGCCUUGUCUCAUACUCGGUGCGCAAGAUCACGGGAAUGUUGACCGACUCGGAGCGUUUGCUACAAUUACUGACAACGAAGCCGAGUAUCACGGACGUCCCUGACGCAAAGGAACUUGAGGUCACAAAGGGUGAGGUGUCUUUCGAUCAUGUCGAAUUCGCAUACGAUCCUCGAAGGCCAACCCUCAAAGACGUCAACUUCACUGUGAAACCGGGCCAGACAGUUGCUCUGGUUGGCGAGACAGGCGGAGGCAAGUCGACGACCUUGAAGCUGCUUUAUCGAUACUACGACGUCAAUGGCGGCGCUGUCAGAAUCGACGGCCAGGAUAUCCGUGAAGUCACGCUCGACAGUCUGCGUGAUUCGUUUGGUAUGGUGCCGCAGGAUCCAUCGCUCUUCAACUUCACCAUCAUGGAGAAUAUCAAGUACGCGCGGUUAGACGCUACGGAUGAAGAGGUCAUGGACGCCUGCCGAGCUGCUGCGAUCCACGACAAGAUCAUGAGCUUUCCAGAUGGAUACAGCGCCAAGGUCGGCGAGAGAGGCGUGAAGCUGUCCGGUGGUGAGCUGCAGCGGAUAGCAAUCGCGCGUGCAAUGGUGCGGCGGCCGAAGAUCGUGCUACUUGACGAAGCCACGAGCAUGAUCGAUGCCGAGACAGAGGCCGUGAUUCAGCAGGCCUUCAAGCGACUCACCGCAGACCGAACGACCUUCAUCGUCGCGCAUCGACUAUCAACGAUCCAGCACGCGGACUUGAUCCUCGUCAUUCAGGACGGUGAGAUCGUGGAGAGAGGAACGCAUGAGGAGCUUUUCGAGCAGAAGGGGAAAUACGUGGCGCUUUGGUCGAAGCAGCUGAGCAAGGACGUGGCCUCGCGCGGGGGGGGGAAAUUUGAUCGGCCUUGA